AUGCCAAUUAUAUUAAAUAAUUUGACACAUAUUUCAUUUCAUGUGGAAUAUAUAAAUUUUGAUCGGUUUCAACCGCUUAUCGAAAAUCGUUUUAAUCUACUUGAAUUAUUACAAAUUUCUACACACGAUGAUAAAGCAUAUUUAAAUGCUAAUCGAUGGCAAAAAUUGAUUUUAACUUAUAUGCCUUCCUUAAAAAUAUUUGACUUUCAACAUACAAAUAUCAUGGAUAAUACCUGUCUACGUGAAGAUGAAUAUCAUGCUUUGAUCGAUCAAUUUAACUCUCCAUUUUGGUCUGAACGACAAUGGUUCUUUGCACAUCAGCAUUAUUCACAAGGACGUCAACGUGAUUCGAUCUUCUAUUCCAUUCAGCCAUAUAGACGAAAAAAGUAUACACUAUAUAAUGCAUCUAAUCUCGAUACGUGUUCAGAUCGACAGGAAACUAUUCGUGACUUGCUUCGUCAUGUUCAUAUCAAUGAUGAACAAUUAUCGACUACCUAUAUGCUUCAGUUUCCACAUGUUACUGAGCUCACUAUACAAUGUGAAAGAAAUUACUUGAUCAUUACUGAUUGUAGUCGUUUUAUACAUUUAACACAAUUGACUAAUUUAACUAUUAAUUGGAACAGUUUUCCAUUGAUAUACUAUUGA